GUCCAAAACAAAAUCGGAAUUUAAAAAUCCGGACUAUUUUUUCAAAACGUUCUUAUUCGUUUCUUUUCCCUGUCGCUACACAAACCCAAACUUUUUGACAUGCGGAAAGGUUAAGGAUAUAAAACAGCUUCGACAUGUACAUGUAUACUACAUUGAGAACCAAAGCAUAGAUGUUGAUGACUUUUCCUUAGUAUGGCAUUAUCACUGUUAAGAUGUAUGAGGCAGACAGGAUUUGGUAGAUUAAGAAAUACCUGCUGUGCUGUAACCUGGAAUCUUUCUGAUUUGGCUAUUCCCAGUGAAAGAUCUCAGUUAACCCAAAAGAGAUGUGCUCGCAUGUUUCCAAAAAACCCUUUCAACAGAGUUGACAAUGACAAACUGCCAGAGGAUUUUACAUUGAUAUAUUGCAACACAAAUGGAGAAGGACUGAAACAAUAUUUUCUUAUGAUAUUUCCAAGUUUGUUGAUAAUAGCAGGAGGUGUAUACACAUAUGGUGGAUUGAUCAAAACAGUUACUGAUCAGCCUGCAUUCUUCUUUGGAGUCACAUCCUGUAUCGGCUUAUGUCUUGGUUGUUUAUUAGUUAUUAAUCGAUGUACGAUGCUGAGAAUAUAUAAAAAUUUGAAAACUGAUUUAUAUGUAGGUGUUAGACCGAAGUGGUUUUUCUUACAGGAGAAAUUUACUUUCCGUCUAGAUAACAUCGUUAGGAAUGAUUGGAAAUACAGAAAUAAAAUACAUCACAACUAUCUUAAAGGGAACCUUAAAAUAAAGGAGAGACCAUUUGUACUUUCAAUAAUGGAUUUUUCAUCAUCCCAGUUCUACAAUGAAAUAUAUGGACAUAAGAAAUUUCUAAGCAAAGAAAAUAAAAACUUUCCAAAUGAAGAUAAAUAAAUUGUAU